GUCCCGGACUCCGCGUCUUUCGGGCGACGCGGCGACCUCGGACGGCGGGCCGCGUCGGCCGGGCAUGGCGGCGUGGAGCCCGGCCGCGGCAGUGCCUCUGCUUCGCGGAACCCGCCGGCUUCCUCUUCUCCACUGGGCCCAGCGCAUGUUUGCCUCACAGACCGAGGGGGAGCUCAAAGUGACCCAGAUUCUCAGAGAAAAGUUUCCUCGAGCUACAGCUAUCAAAGUCACUGACAUUUCAGGAGGCUGUGGGGCAAUGUAUGAAAUUAAAAUUGAAUCAGAAGAAUUUAAAGAGAAGAGAACUGUCCAGCAGCACCAGAUGGUGAAUCAGGCACUAAAGGAAGAAAUCAAAGGUAUGCAUGGAUUGCGGAUAUUUACCUCUGUCCCCAAACACUGACCAUACUCUGGCUGCGUUGAUGCUGCUGCUAAAACUUUGGAUGAAUCUUACUACCACCGUUCUUUCCUCAGCAUAUGACAAAAAAAUUAUCUAUUUUGUUCAUAGACAUUUCUAUAUUGUAAUUAUAGAAGAAUAUGGUAUCUAUUUAGAUAUUAAAUUAAAGGCAACAGAUAAGUAAAAAAUUUUUUCAUUACAAAAUAUGUACUGAAUCCUGCUGUGUGCCUAGGCAACAUUCUUAACGUGGGGAUAAUGUAAUUAAUAGAA